AUGGGUUUCAUAUCGCCCUACAUCAUACGCGGAAAGAUACUUAUGCAAGAGAUUUGGACGACUGGAGUUGGAUGGGACGAUAGGAAUCUUGGAUGCCUUGAGCAGAAGGCACAGUGCUGGUUUGAUGAUCUUCGAGAUUUAGGACUCAUAAAGAUCCCGAGAUGCCUCAGACUGGCUUCAACUGAGAAGCUGUUGAGCAUCGAAGUCCAUGCAUUCUCUGAUGCGUCGCAGGAUGCUUAUGGUGCUGUACUUUAUGAGAGAACAACCUACGAGGGAGGACUAAUCAUAUCACAUUUUAUAGUUUCGAAGACUAGAGUUGCCCCGUUGGCUGCAACCUGCAUUCCGAGACUUGAGCUGAUGGGAGCGACACUCGCCUUGCAUUUGACUAUGUCCGUAAUCGCAGCCUUGCAGCUACCAAUGCAGGACGUAACCUUUUGGAGCGAUAGUGCUAAUGUUCUGUGGUGGAUUAGGGGUAGGAGCAGACAGUUUAAACCGUUUGUCGCACACCGUAUCGGAGAGAUACAGACUCAGACCUGCCCAGAUCAGUGGAAGCACGUGCCAACAAAGAUGAAUCCUGCUGACAUCUUAACAAGAGGAGCAAAAGUCAAGGAGUUAUCAGACAACACUCUUUGGUGGAACGGGCCGGAAUUCCUGCUGAAAGAUCAUUCUAAAUGGCCAGAACAGAACUUCGGAGAAGACAAGUCGCCAUCAAGUGAGCGGAAGAAAAGCUCAAAUGGAGUUUUUGUUACAUUGCAGAAGGAACCACAACCGCAAGAUAAGGAGAAAAACAAGCAAGAUGUUGAUGAAGGAGUUGCUCAAGACUGGCGUUUAAACCCAGAGCGCUACUCUAGGUGGGUCAGAUUAACCAGAGUUUCUGCUUGGGUCCACCGUUUUGUAGAAAACUGCCAGCAGCCAGUAGGGCAAAGGAGACAUGGCGAACUCGAUGCAGAGGAGAUCCACGACGCCGAACAUCAGUUCAUAAGACAAGCCCAGCUGGAGACCUUUCCGGCUGAGUACAAGGCCCUACAGAAGAAUAAAGCUUUACCAGUUGCCAGCAGGAUACAGGGACUACGGCCGAUGAUCGAUCAAGAUGGUAUCCUCAGGAGCAACGGCAGACUUGAGAAGGCUGAAUUCCUUGCCUAUGAUGUGCGUUACCCUGUGAUACUGCCACGAAAGAGUUGGGUGACAACGCUGAUCAUAAGGUUUCAUCAUGAACAAGCUAACCAUGCAGCCGGAGUCAAUCACAUAUUAGCGUCAUUGUCUGCAAAGUAUUGGAUACCAGCAGGAAGAGAAGCUAUCCGAGAGUUCGAGAAGUCAUGCUACAAAUGCAGAAGAAGAAAAACUAAAGCAGCAACACAACUGAUGGCGCCACUCCCAAGAGUUAGACUUAGGCUACCACUCCGAGCCUUUGCUCGAACAUCCGUGGAUUUCGGUGGCCCUUACUUGACGAAGCAGGGCCGUGGCAGGAUCCGAACCAAGCGCUACUUAUGCUUGUUUACUUGCUUGCUGUCCAGAGCCGUACACCUCGAAAUGGCGUUUAGCCUUGACACGGACUCGUUCCUGCAUUGUUUCAACCGGAUGAUGAACCGAAGAGGAGUGCCGUUGGAGAUGUACUCGGAUAAUGGUACAAAUUUCGUCAGUGGAGAAAGGGAGCUGCGGGAAUUGGUCGAGCAGUUUGACGAACGCAUGAUUGAGAGACACGGAGCAGUCAGAGGGAUCAAGUGGACGUUCAACCCUCCCCUCGGGCCACAUUUUGGAGGAGUCCACGAGAUCAUGAUUAAAGCCGCUAAGAAAGCUACUGCAGCAAUCCUGGGGAACGCCGACAUAAACGAUGAAGAGUUGAUGACUGCCUUAAGUGGUGCAGAAGCCCUCUUAAACUCCAGGCCCCUAACUUACCAGUCCGCAGACGUUAAUGACGACACACCAUUAACCCCGAACCACCUUUUACAUGGUCAAAUUGGUGGUGAGUUCGCACCUGCAGCUGCUGAUAACGUCGCCUACAACCCAAGGAAGAGAUGGCGACAUGUUCAACGAUUGCUGAAGCACUUUUGGGGGCGCUGGAUGAAAGAGUGGCUUCCAAUGCUACAUCCAAGAAGCAAAUGGGCCCAGGAGCGAAAGGACAUUGAAGUUGGCGAUAUCGUUCUUGUCGUCAAUCCAGAUACGAACAGAGGGAAGUGGCUGCUUGGACGUGUGGUCGAAGUAUGUCUUGGCGGAGAUGGCCAUGUCAGGGUGGCCAAGGUGCAGAUCGGGAAACACGUGAUGACACGUCCUAUCACCAGACUCUGUCCACUAGAAUGUGCAUAA